UCAGAUCGCGGUUGGCUGUCGUUGUAGCACGUCGUUUACGAGCAUCGCUGUGAAGACGCGUGAGACUCGUCGCAUUCCGUCCGUCGUCCGUCGCAUCGUGACCAUCAACAUCUCUUCGGCCCCGGAAAAGUGUGUUAUAGUUCAGUGCACCAUUUUUUGGUUUCGGACGGCAACGACGCAGCAGUGAUCGGUUCGUGUCGUAGAUCACAACGGCGGCGCACGAUCGGAAGUAUGCGCAUGUCGACGGACUGAUUGUUGUGUUUGGUUCGUUAGUUUGUUGUUUGUUGUUUGGUUCGUCUGCACGGCGCUCUCGGUUUUUGUUUCUGUUGUAAAAUGGCUGUGGCGGCGCGACGCUGCGGGCUGCUCUUACCUGGAUUUAAAGCCACGUCCUGCCUCACAGUCGUCCUGCUCAUCUGCCUGGAGACCGUCCUGCUGUGCACCGAGUCCACGUGCUCCAAGUCCGUGCACGUGCAUUGGAAUACAACGAAUAGCAUAUUUCGAAUAGACAACACAGAUCACAUCAUAGACGUGAACAAGGGCAACGUGAAGUUCGAAUACGAUCAGGUGAACAUCAUCUGUCCGGUGUACAUGCCGGGCACGUUCGACGAAGACGCCGAAAAGUACAUCAUCUACAACGUCUCCAAGGAGGAGUACGAGACGUGCCGCAUCACCAACCCGAAUCCGCGCAUCAUCGCCAUCUGCGACAAGCCCUACCGCCACAUGUACUUCACGAUCACUUUCCGCCCAUUCACUCCACAACCGGGUGGGUUGGAGUUCCUCCCUGGCAAGGACUACUAUUUCAUAUCAACCUCAUCAAAAGAAGAUUUACAUCGAAGAAUCGGCGGGAGAUGUUCGACAAACAAUAUGAAAAUUGUUUUUAAAGUCUGUUGUGGCGCAGAUGAACGCAACAUAACCUCAACUACGAUGCGGCCAUCUUAUGUCACGCCCUUCACGUCGCAUAGCUGGCCUAUGCGGCCAUAUUCACGAAUACCACCGACGACGUCCUCGACAACGCCGCAUUAUGUCACGCGGACGGAAACGACGUCAACGAGAAAACCCACGAAGAAAAUCGUUGAAUAUGAUAAACAUCCGAAUGAAAACGAAGUGCUGAAAAAUGAAGAACUGCAUUAUUCACGCGGGGUGUGGCUAUCCGCGGGCCCGCCCAGCUUCCUCGUGGUAGCGGCAUGCAUAGCAGCCGUUAGAUGGCGGUGAGCACGGGGGCGGCGCGCCAGCCAGCCCGCCUUCCAGCACGGCAUUCGCUACGUGGACACUUAUCUCUAGUGCAAGUGUGAUUUAAACCAGUGCUAAUUCUUCACAUCCAACAUAAACGCCAUCGAUGGAUUCAAAGAAGUCUACGAAACCAUCAACGAAAGAAAACUUGUUUUAAAAAAACAGUGCUUUGAAGUUGUACAUAAAAUAACUCUUCAGCAAAAUCCGAAUCAAAACUAAGAUUUUUGCUGGUGUGAUAAUUAUCUAUAAAUAUGCGAACUUUCGAGAUGCGAUGACAAAAAAUUGCGGCCGAAACUUACUGAAGUACUUAACGAAGAAGAAAAAAACACACGUAACUUAAUCUAGUAUACAUACAUAUAAAUUUUGUAUUUAAACCUCUUGUAAUGCGUAACGAGAAUAUUGUAAAAAAUCUAUUUAACGUAUUAGCUAAAAUUUAAUCGGCGACGAAUUGUAAAUAGUUAACUUUUAACGCGGAUGGACUGGAUGUUUUAGACGAUAACAUGAAUAACGAAUGUCUGGGCAAAUCAAUAUUCGUACAAAUGUCAUUUGUUGAUGCGACUUGCAAAGAAAUGAAAAACUACAAAGGUCUAAACGCGACGCGCGAACGAAAAAUCUGUGUGAUGUUUAGCCGUACGAAAAUCCCUGCCAUUUCGUUCGCGUUCGUCCUAACAUUCUCCCAGGGGCCAAACAAGCAUCAUGUAUAAACCCAACUAGCAUAAACUAAACCGGAAAAAUGAACCACUUUCAGUUUCUGCUUUUACAGUACACGCUAAUAUUGUAUUUAUUUUCAUGACAGGAUAAACUCAACGACGUCUAGAACAUUGUUCUUGCGUCGCCUCUACUUCAUAACUGCUUUACUCGUAACGUUUUAGCUUCUUAUCACAGUAAAUAAAUGAAAAUGCCAGUAAAACGCUAAUCAAGUCGGAUCGCAUGUAAAAAUCGCACAUUUUUUGAAGGACAAUUGAUCACAGAUCACAAACAUGAAUCCUACUAUUUUGUAGAUUGUUUUUGGAUGACAUGAUAAUGUUCCUUAUGUUCAUGUGUAACGAUGCCGAACUUGUACACGAAAUCGUAUUCACAGAAACACUGUGGCGAUAUUUGUAUGACGUAUAUUUGUAUGAAUUCGAUGUUGCGUUAUCGCGAGAUGACGAUGUGUAAAUACCUGUAAUGUCUUAAAAAAACCUACGCCAACAUGAUGCCUUGAUCCGUAUUUGUAGUGUGUCAUCGAUUAUACCGAUGUUUGUUUUUUGGAUGUCAAAUUGAGCGGAAACGUUUGUUAUUUGGUGCAAUGGCGCUGAUUAAUGUUAAUAAGCGCACUGAUUAGGAAAUUUUGAUCAAACAAUCAAUAUGUUGCGAUUAUAUGUCAAUGCCAAAAGAUGGGAGUGAGGAGGAAACUGAGGAUCGUUGAUGAACAUUGCAAUUUAUGUUAAUCUGCAUAUUUCGUCCCAAUAAAUGUUGGUCUAAUGAA